GUGCCCCAGGGGGUUGCCCCUUGCCCCGGUUCAUUCAUUCCGCCCGAGUCCGGAGCCACCCACUUCGGGGAAGCUGUAUCGGGCCCCCAGAAUUGGUCAGAGAAACAUGGCAGCAAGGCGAAUCACCCAGGAGACUUUGGAUGCUGUGUUACAAGAAAAAGCUAACCGGUAUCACAUGGACCCCAGUGGUGAGGGUGUAGGUGAAGCUCUUCAGUUUAAAGCUCAAGAUCUUCUAAGGACCGUCCCAAGAACCAGAGCAGAUGUGUGUGACGACAUUCACAGCGAUAGUAGGUACUCACUUAGUGGAUCCAUAACUCACUCUCGAGACACUGGGAGAGAAGGCCUUAGAGGUGAAGUCUUUCCAGGACCAUCCUUCAGAUCAAGCAAUCCCUCUAUAAGUGAGGACAAUUAUUUUCGCAAAGAAUGUGGCCGGGAUCUGGAAUUUUCCCACCCUGACUCCCGAGACCAGGUCUUUGGCCAUCGGAAAUUGGGACAUUUUCGUUCUCAGGACUGGAAGUUUGCACUCCGUGGUUCGUGGGAACAGGACUUUGGCCACCCAGUUUCUCAAGAAUCCUCUUGGUCACAGGAGUAUAGCUUUGGUCCGUCAACAUUACUUGGGGGCUUUGCCUCCUCCAGGCUGAUUGAGAAAGAAUGUCUGGAGAAGGAGAGUCGAGAUUAUGACAUCGACCAUCCAGGGGAGGCAGACUCUUUGCUCAGGGGCAGUGGCCGAGGUCUCAAAAUUGUUGACCAGGAGGGUGCCCUCCUAGGGAAGGGGGAUACUCAGGGCCUGCUCAUGCCAAAAGUAGGGGCUGGGAAACGUGUCACACUGAGAAGUGUGAGCACAAAAAAAGUACCCACUAUAAAUCGUGUGACCCCCAAAACUCAGGGCACUAAUCAAAUCCAGAAAACCACCCCAAGUCCUGAUGUGACUCUCGGGACAAACCCAGGGACAGAAGAUAUACAGUUCCCCACUCAGAAGAUCCCUUUAGGUCUCAAUCUGAAGGAUGUUCGGCUUUCCAGGAGGAAGAUGAGCUUUGACCCCAUAGAUAAGUCUGAUGUUUUUUCAAGAUUUGGAAUAGAAAUAAUCAAGUGGGCAGGAUUCCACACCAUAAAAGAUGAUGUUAAAUUUUCCCAGCUUUUCCAGACUCUCUUUGAGCUUGAAACUGAAACCUGUGCUAAAAUGCUGGCCUCAUUCAAAUGCUCUUUAAAACCAGAGCACAGAGAUUUUUGCUUUUUUACUAUCAAAUUUUUAAAGCACUCUGCUUUGAAAACACCCAGAGUUGAUAACGAGUUUUUAAACAUGCUUUUAGACAAAGGUGCUGUAAAGACCAAAAAUUGCUUUUUUGAAAUCAUAAAGCCUUUUGACAAGUACAUCAUGAGGCUUCAAGACCGGCUCCUGAAGAGUGUCACGCCCUUGCUCAUGGCCUGUAAUGCUUAUGAGCUGAGUGUCAAAAUGAAGACCCUUAGCAACCCCUUGGACUUGGCUGUUGCCCUAGAGACCACAAAUUCCCUUUGUCGGAAGUCUUUGGCCCUUUUGGGACAGACCUUCUCCUUGGCCUCUUCUUUCCGGCAAGAGAAGAUCUUAGAAGCUGUUGGCCUCCAAGAUAUUGCUCCUUCUCCUGCUGCAUUUCCAAACUUUGAAGACUCCACUCUGUUUGGGAGAGAGUAUAUUGACCACCUGAAGGCCUGGCUUGUCAGCAGUGGGUGUCCACUCCAGGUCAAGAAGGCUGAACCUGAGCCGCUUCAUGAGGAGGAGAAAAUGGUUCCUUCUCUGAAACCCAAAAUUCAGCCAAAGGCUUCAAGUGUUCUGAGUGAUGCAGUCCCCCAGCGUGCAGAUCACAAGGUGGUAGACACCAUCGACCAGUUGGUCUCACGUGUCGUCGGAGGCAGCCUGUCUCCCAAAGAGAGAGCUCUCCUCAAGGAGGACCCUGCUUAUUGGUUUCUGUCUGACGAUAGUAGUCUGGAGUAUAAAUACUAUAAGCUGAAACUGGCAGAAGUGCAACGGAUGAGCCAAACCUUGCCAGGAGUGGAUCAGAAGCCAGUGGUGGCAGAGUGUGCAGUCAGGGCCAUGCUGUAUGCCCGGGCAGUCCGGAGCCUCAAAAAGAGGCUCCUUCCAGGGCGCCGUCGGGGACUUCGCUUUCAAGGGUUCCGGGGCUGGAAGGGAAGGAGAGCAACUACUGGCACCCAGACCCUCCUCUCCUCAGGCACCAGAUUGAGGCACCACAGCCGGCAGGCUUCAGGCUCCCUUCCGGGAAAGCCUCCCAAGCCAGACAGAAGUGGUAUUGCCAAGAACUGCCUGCCAGACCCAGCUGGACCCUCUCCUCAGGAUCCCAGCUCAGAAAGCUCAGCCCCAUCACCCAAGCCAGUGGGAGUGGACACUUCAGAAGCCCCUCAGACCUCUUCUCCCUGCCCAUCUGCUGAUGUUGAUAAGAAGACGAUGGAAACUGCAGAGAAACUGGCAAAAUUUGUCGCUCAGGUGGGACCAGAGAUUGAACAAUUCAGCAUAGAAAAUAGUACCGACAACCCUGACCUGUGGUUCCUACAUGACCAAAAUAGCUCAGCUUUCAAAUUCUAUCGCAAGAAAGUAUUUGAGCUGUGCCCGUCAAUUUGUUUUACAUCGUCUUCGCUGAGCCUCCACACUGGCGAGCACACUGAACGUCAGGAGAGUGCCCUGGACCCUGGGGAAGAGGAAGGAGAAUCUGAGGAUGAGCACCCCCAUCAAGAGACUGAGCUGGAGAGCCCAGAGUUGAUGCCUGAGGAGGAAGAGGAUGAGGAAGAGGAGGGGGAGGGGGAGGAGGAGGAGGAGGAAGAUGAAGAUGAGGAGGGGGGUGAAGAAGCCCCUGCUCCUGGAAGGGCAUCCAGGCUGGGAGGUGCCACCAAGUCCGACGGUAGUCUCCCUGCUGAUGGCUUCCCUAGUGAGAUGACUGAGGAUGGCCCAGCAGGUGCACCUGCCCUAUCACAGACUGCCUCGGGGGCCUGCUUCCCCAGGAAGAGGGUCAGCAGCAAGUCACUGAAGGUUGGCAUGAUUCCAGCUCCCAAGAGGCUGUGCCUCAUCCAGGAACCCAAAGUUCACGAACCAGUUCGUAUUGCCUAUGACAGGCCUCGGGGUCGUCCUGUGUCCAAAAAAAAGAAACCCAAGGACUUUGACUUUGCCCAGCAGAAGCUGACUGACAAGAACCUAGGGUUCCAGAUGCUGCAGAAGAUGGGCUGGAAAGAGGGCCAUGGCCUGGGCUCCUGCGGGAAGGGCAUCAGGGAGCCCGUCAGUGUGGGAACUGCCUCAGAAGGGGAGGGGUUGGGUGCUGAUGGACAGGAGCACAAAGAAGACACAUUUGACGUGUUCCGUCAGCGGAUGAUGCAGAUGUACAGACACAAACGGGCAAACAAAUAGGUAUGCGUGUAAGCUGCAUGGAGGCAUGUGCCUGAGCUGAUGUUUCUUCCCAAACUAGUGUUCCCUGUACCCCAAAAUGCCAACAGAAAAACACAUCGAAAACUUCUCUGUAGGAAAUAAAAGGAGUCUUUGGAUGCAGAUGUGCCUCACUCUCAGUGUCCAGGUUUGGCUGAAGGAGUGAGCCCCAUACUUCCCAAGCAUAAUUGCUGUACCUGUCAGCAAGGCCUAGGAGCAAGGCUCCUGGGCUGGACCGCAUGCAGCUAUCCAUGGAAACAGGCGGCCACGCGUGUGGCCUUCCAUCCUGCAAGUGUGAGGGCGAGCUGGAGGAUGACACUUUGCUAACUCCCUUUCUGAGGGUCUUCAGAUUCUUUUCCUUCAAGUGUGGGUAUAUAACUCAUCAUCUUUCACCUCUCUUUUUAGUUGCCCUUCCCAACCAUCAUUUCCAACUCCAUUUUGAACAAAAUCAUUCUCUCCCUGAAUAGAUCAAAACCAUUGGUGAGAAAGAUCAGGCUUGAAGCAGCAAUUACUCUUAAAACGUCAGCUCUGCCCGGAUCUGCCCUGGAACCAGUGCCCACAUACGGUUUGGUGUGUACCAGAGACAAUUGUCUGCAGUUUAUCGUGUGGGUUUUCCUCUGACUAUACUUUUUCUUAGAGAAAGAAAGAAUGCAUCAUUUCCAAUCUGCUUCUGCCCUUCCUCUCCCCCAUGUGCCUUUGCAGCAGAUCCCUCUGGAUCUGCCAUGACCCCUCAAAGGCAGCGCUGCCCAGGGGCACACCAGGGCUCUCAGUGCCCAGGAACCAGCUGUGCAGCCUUCCCGACCAGAAGUCUCUGUCAGUGCCUUUAGACCAUAGUUAGAUCUGUUGUCUUAUUCUCUAGGAGGUGAGCAGAAUAGAGAUGGGGAAUAGCUAACUGUGCCCUGGGACCACCACCUGUUGGCUAGAGCACUGAGGCCCCUUGAACAAGGGAGAUACUCAGUUGACAAAUGUGGUGUUUAUGAAGUCUCUUAAAUACCUUCCAAGAGACUGAGACAUACUUUAGCAGCAAUAUGAUUUAGCUCUGUUCAGUGGGGAGUAAUUGUUAAACUAUGAAACUUUUCAUGUCUUUUUGGAAUCCACAUAGCAAGCUGCAGUUUGAUUUCUUUUACCCACAUAUGGAGUGUCUGCUGUAAUGGGGGGAGGGGUGUGAACUCCUCAGGACUCUUCGUUUUCUGCACGUGUGGCAGUGUAGAGACUUGUUUUAUUAGGGCCUUUGUGCGAAGCAGAAAGCAUUCUCUCGGGGUAGGCUCUGCAGCUGUUUGCUAUUUCAAGGCAUAUGAUUGCCACCCCUUCUAGCUUCUUGUAGCAAACAUGCGGAAUCCUUGGGCUUUUGGAAUCUCAAUCCUCAUAAAGUAGCAGUGUUGAAGUUUUAAAUAUGUGCUAAAAUUUGGAAAACUUGGGAUCCUGCUGAUAACAGUUUAGGGAACGCAGCAGUGAGUUACCAUGUCGGCUGCUGUUACUGGCUCUUAAGAAAAUCUUACUUUCUCAAAGCCACUGGCCUCCCACUGUCUUCUGUCUGGUCUGUGUCCUGAGCCCUUGGUCACAGGCCUGUGCCACCUCCCUUUUCAGGAGCAGCCUAGGAACUGUGCUUGCUUCCGGUCUCUUCCAUUUGGCAGUCAGCACAUCGAUAUUGCCCUGGACCUGACUCAUCUGCAGGGGCGGUGAGGUUUGGGGGAACCACAGCUAUGGGGCACUUCUGCUCUCUUCUCUCCUGAUUCUUCCUGUAGCCUUCCAUGUUGUCAGUGGUCAGGAACCACGGAAUUCUUUGGCUCUUUCUCUAACUCUAUCAUGUUUGCUCUGUUCUCAUAAUGUUCAUUGUUGACUUUCUCCACUUUUAUUUAAAAGUCAGAUGUUUUAGGAAAUCCUGGUAUAUGAACCCUGUCCCCACAGCCUCCUGCCACCCCUCCUCUUGGGGACACUUGCUUUGCGCUGACAGUGAGAACCUUUGGCAGAUGUCAGAGGAAACACUCCCUUGAGCCUGCAAAGUCCUGCCAGCACCAGGUGGUGCCUUGCCUGUGAAUUGGACAACCAGGUGGUGAAGGCACGGCAGGGAGCCAGGAGGCAUACCUGUGUCCUGCUGGCUGUCGGCCAGAGGCCAGCGCACUGCCCUUUGCAGGAGCCUGGUGCAAGCAUGUGUGUGGUUGCAAGACCUUGUCAAAGUCACAGUGUUUUUUCUGUCAUUCUAGUUCCAGGGUCUUCCGUGAGGACGACAGGCAUCCGGAAAGUGCUAACUCACCACUUUGGGUGCUUACUGUCUCUGGCUUGUUUCCAUCACUGGAAAUCACAUAGAGAAUUUUAGCAUUUUUGGUCCUUGGUAAAACCUAGAAGACAUUUGUGAUGUUACAAAAUGGAAGUUUUUGGGUUUUUUUAAUCUCAGAAGUUGUGAAUGUUGUUAAUCACUUAGUUGCAAUAAAUGUAGUAGAAACCCAAUUUU